AUGGCCUUGGUAUCGUACACGUCCGGCGUCGUCGCCGUAGCUACUUUCCCCUUGCGUCUAGCAUGGAAACCCGUGGCUUUGUUCAUCAAUUCGGUGCUCAUGCUGCUCUCACCCCUAAUAUUGAUGGGGUACUUCGUCGUUGGAUGGUGUCAAGCUGUCAUCGACUUCAUAGCCAGUCUUCAGCUGGCCUGCGGUGCCUUCAUUGGCAUACUUGCUGGCUUGACCAUGUCCUGCACGUCCAGCAUCAUCACUACAGUCCUUGGCAUGCAUGAUAGAGGCUACCAAGGUCCACCAGCAACACCUGCGCCCUCGACGCCAUCAUCAGAACGACCAGGGACCGGUAAAACCGAAGAUUCGUCGUCUUACGAGACCGAUUGGCAGCUGCUCAACAAGCCACCUCCUAAGCGCCGCAGGAAUAGGCCAGGUCUUUGGUCUCAAACCAUUCACGAGGAGGACGACGACGAUUCUGAAAUUUGA